CUUUCGCACCUAUUUAGAGUCUAGAGAAAUUAUCUACAAAUAACAUGCUUUUAUCACAUAUUCUCUGAUGCCUUUGUUACCAUAGGAUCCAUUUGCAAUCUACACUCUGCUAUAUUGAACAUACACUGCCAUGUCCCUCGAACUCUACGUUCUCGACUUUGGUGUCUAUCCUCGCCGAGUACUUAUUUACCUCGGUGAAAAGGGUCUCCUUGACUCAGGAAUGAUCAAGAUUACACCAGUUGACAUGCAAACUGGCGCACCCGGCAAACCUGAAGGGACAACCCCAAUUCUUCGGCUUCCGGACGGCUCUUUCAUCAAGCAAUCCCUAGCCAUACUCGAGUACUUCGAAGAUAUUUGUGACAACCCUCGCGGAGAAUGGCAGAGGAAGCUAGCUAGCUACUCGAGACAACCUAGCAUGAGAGGCGACUCGGCCGAAGACAGAGCUCGAAUGAGGAGUAUCCUCGGGUUAUCUGACGAAGCGAUGGCCCACUACGGCUUUGCCUGCCACAAGGGCUCCCGUCUAUUUGAGACUCUUGAGCCCUCAAGCCCAGAGGGGGCUAAGAUGGCGAUGGAAUGGACAAGGAAGAAUCUCAAGCUGAUCGAGAAGUACUACGACGGCGAUGUGCGUUUCGAGACUGGAGGUGGCGCUUCAACUAUUGCGGACUGCGUCCUAUUUUCCCUGUUGCAGUUUUCAAACAACCUUUACAACCUCGAUCUUCUGGAAGAUCCCCAGCUCCCGGCUUUAAAGAGGUUUUAUGAUAAUUUCAAGAAGAGGAAAAGCACGGAGGUGCCGAGCGAUCUGUACCCGUCGCAGUACACGCAGCUAGCAAGCCAGUGGAUAUUUUGAGUGACUAGCAGAUAGCGUGCACACUAUCGGAAGGAGUGGCAUGGUGGUUAGAACGGUAUAGAAAUUAGAUGCGCUACAAUCUACCAGUUCGUAAAUUCAGACACAGUCGUUAAGUAAGAGAAUGGGCGAGGACAGGGAAAGUUUCAAGCAGUACUUUAUCGCUAGACGCUUUGAGGUCACGAUAUUCGAUACUCGUGCUACCUAAAAGUCUAAAGAGGGACCGACUUAGCUAAGAAUAUAUAC